GUAACCUUUAUGAUUUGUGGCGCAUUAACUCUUCUUUUUAAACAUAGGCAUUCCGUAGAUGGCGCAUUUUUACCACGUGACUACUCAGCGUCCUACUUCUGUAGUAAAAACAUGUACAGGCCAUUUUACCAGUCCAAAUGAUCUCAACUUACUGAUAUGCAAAAACACCUACGUCGAGGUUUUUGAAGUUACAUGUGAGGGCCUGAAAUUGAUUCGAGAUGUGCCCAUCAAUGCUAAAAUCGUUGCUGCUAGUCUAUUUAGACGAAAAGAUCGUGAAACAGACUCCUUAUUUUUACUCACUCACAAGGCUGGUGUUGCUAUCAUUGAGUGUGUACGAAAUAAUGAUUCAGUUGAAUUUGUCACUGUUGCCUCUGGAAGUGUAGAAGAUAGAAGUGCACGAAUAAUCGAUCAGGGUUUUGACGUUCUGAUCGAUCCUGGUGCCAACUAUAUUGUCGUGCGAUUGUAUCAUGGUCUUCUAAAAAUCAUAUUACUUCAGUGUAUUGGGGAAAAAAUUGGCACCGAUUUUUUAGAUACAAACCAAUGGACUGUAAAUACGUACAGUGUGAGAAUCGAAGAGGGUAACAUUGUUGAUAUGGCCUUCAUAUAUGGCUAUAGUUUGCCAACAUUUGCUAUGAUUUAUGAGGAUGAACUUGUUUUACAUAUGAAAACAUAUGAAAUAUAUGGACGGGAGCCUGUACUUCGCAAUGUUCAACUGACCUUAGAUUCCAUAGAACCUGAUUCUAAACUUCUUAUUCCAGUUCCCAAACCUUAUGGAGGUGUUAUUCUAGUCGGUGACAAUAUUAUAUGCUAUCACACUAAAGAUGGACCCCAUAUAUCUCAGUACAUUCCACAAGCAAAAGCCAGUCAAGUACUAUGUUACGCUGCAGUUGAUGCACAACGUUAUUUAUUAGGUGAUAAUGGGCUGGUCGUUUAUACAUGGUACAUUUAUUGUCUGAAGAUACAUCUGCAGCAAAUAGUGGUACAAGUAAUUCGGAUAGUCUUUCAGCAGUUCGUAUUGGUUCUAUUCGAAUUGAACUUCUGGUAU